GAUUUUUUCAGUUUACCGAGCUGAUACUUAUGGUCUUGCAUAUAUAAAUAAAUAAUCCCGAAAUAUUUUUGUUGUGUCUUUCUUCUCGCCGUUUGCUGUUCAGGCACCAUGAGCGCAUUUUGAUGGAAAUACUGGAGAUUGUCUUUCUGCGGUAAACAGGAAGCGGAUCAGUGGCUCUAACAUGUGUAAAUGCGUCGCUUCUUUCCUUCUAAUCCUCCAUCAUUAAUCAUUCAUCUCCUCCCUGAAGCUCCGACGUCUCUGUUAAUGCACUGCUCCGUUUUUUUUCUACACACCCUCAUCCACUUGACUCUCGGGACCCGCCUCCAUCCUUUUUACCGUCACACACACGUUAAAAGGACGGUGCCACACUCUCUGAACGUCUUCCCUCAUGUAUUUUUCAUGCUGUUAAACCCUCUCCGGUCGGCCCGUGCAGCUCCGGGCUCCCCUCUGACGGCAUUCAUGGACCUGAACCCUCCGCUGCCUGCUCCUGUUUAACGGCAGCUCUUCACCCUCCUGGAUACGAGCCCGGCACUCUCCCCUUCUUCUCGUCUCUCCCGUCCUCCCCGGGUCAUGCCGUUUGGCGCCAACACAAAGACGGGGUUCUCCGUGCGGGACAUCCUGGACCUUCCCGACUCGACGGGGAGAUGCGGGUCCGGGACCGAAGAGACCGAGGAGGACGACACCGAGGAGGCCUCCGCGGAGGUGUCAGGCGGCCGGGGCUUGUGUGAGCGCGCCGGUGAGCGUUUGGGAACGUGGAGCAGCGCAUCCGGUAACCUGCACUUUUCACUGCAUGGGCUGUCCUUGGAGCCUCGCGCCGAUCCCAAAUCCCCGGAGCUGUCCACGGAUGAGUCCCCGGACGCAGAGCGGGACGCGCGGUGCGCUCGGGCGCAGAAGGCGCGCGGCAGGAAGCGGCGCGUGCUCUUCUCCAAGGCGCAGACCUUCGAGCUCGAGCGCCGCUUCCGACAGCAGCGCUACCUGUCCGCCCCGGAGAGGGAACAUCUGGCCAGGCUGAUCCGCCUCACGCCGAACCAGGUGAAGAUCUGGUUCCAGAACCACCGCUACAAGAUGAAGCGUGCACGCGCCGAGCGCAGCAUGGACGCGCUGCAGCUGCUGCCGGCCCGCCGGGUCGCCAUCCCGGUGCUGGUGCGGGACGGAAAGCCGUGCGGCCGGGCUGCAGCCAGCGAGCUGGAGACCACGCUGAGGUCUGGCCUGAGCCUGCCGCUCUGCGCCUACUCCCCCCUGCUGCACCCCGCUUACGGCCCGGAGCAGCACCCGGGGGUGCAGCAGCUGGCGCACGUGUACCACUGGAGCUGGUGAAGCCCGGCGCAAGACUUGUGCGUGCCCUCUUCAUGAGCUCGUAUUCGGCCUUCUGCCCUCUCAGAAUAUCCACGCGUAGAUCAUAAAAACAGCUUCGGCCUCGAAGUGAAAUCCGUGUUUUUUGAAAGGAGUUUGGCACAAAUUUUAGAGCGUUUAAUUCUUGUAACCAAGGAAACGAGUUCACACAUGUUCAUCUUCUUUGGUGUCUUUGGUGACUUCGCUCAGACGCGCGAGCCGUCUAAAACUACCCCGCCCCCUGUAAGAUAGAACUGACCACAGCAAAUGUUUUAGCAGUUUUUGUGCGAUUUAUUCUGAUGUCGUUUGCGUUGUUUGCGCUGCAAAAACAACAAAGUCACUUUUUUCUGAGAGAUGUUUUUUGUAUGUGUUUCAUAAAUCUAUUUAUAAUGUUGCCCGGUGAGUUGGUUUGUAAUAAACUGGUUAUUUAUGGCGGUAAAUAAAAAUCUGAACAGAGAUGAGUCGUGUGAUUUCA